AUGAAAAUCUAUUUAGCUCAUUUUUCGGUCUGCUACUGGACACCCUUAAUGGCGUGGAAGGUGUACGUCAUACUUAUAUUCAAUAUCUUUGGUUGUGACGUAAAAAUGUUAGGUUACAACCAUGAUUACAACUCUGCCAUUUUAGAAUGCGGGGUUAAGAUAGUGUUAAAAAUCACGAGGAUAAUCAUCAUUAACACUACUUUAACAAGAUUUAAAAGGUGGCCCACAAUGUUGACUUUGGAAUAUUCAAAAGCAUUCGUUGCACACGGAAGAUCUUCAUGGAAAAACGUCCACAACUGUAAACUGUGCCCCCAUUUUACUACAUCAAUUUUGUCUAUGGUGAACCACGUGAGGCGACAUCGCUCCUCUCUGGAAAAAUUUACAUGCUCCAACGCCAAAAUCGAAGUGUAUUAUUGCAAAGACUGCGAUUUUAAAACGGAUCUAACGAUUCUGUUCAAACAACACAUUAACAAACAUCACGGCCUUAAGAUUUUGUCAAUCGAGGACUUCAGCAUACAAAACUACGUUUGCGAAAAAUGCGCCUUCGAAACAAAUUCCUUGAUAAAUUUUCUUCAGCAUAGUCCAGAAUGCACGGAAAGGAAAGAAAAUCGUCAAAAUCUGAGUUCUGCGAGCCACAACGUCACGUACGAAGUAAAUGCUGAAUGGCACAAGUGCAAAAAAUGUGCUUUCAAAACUAAAUUGAAAAGAAGUUUGAAAAACCACAUGAAUAACGUACACUCGCGGGCAGAAGAAGUUAAAUGGCACGAAUGCAAGCAGUGUCCAUUCAAAUCUAAGUAUAAGGAAUCUUUAAACAGCCACUUCAAUGCGAAACAUGUAGAGGGAGAAAAAAUUAAGUGGCACGAAUGCGAAAAGUGUCCGUUCAAAACUAAACAUCGCUCGGCGCUAAGAACUCACGUGAUUUGUCAACAUUUGAGUGAAGAAGAAGUUAAGUGGUACGAAUGUGCGAACUGUUCGUUUAGAACUAAAAUAAAUCAUCGUUUAAAACUGCAUAUAAGAGUUCGCCAUUCAGAUAUCAAAUCAUUCCAGUGCGAAUAUUGCCCAUGGAAGGCUAAGUCAAAGCGUUAUUUAAAGGAGCAUCUAUACAACCACCACUCGGAUUGUAAGCUGUACAAAUCUGAACAGGAUGCCGAAUGGCACGAGUGCGAAAAAUGUCCUUUCAAAACCAGAUCAAAACAAAAUUUAAAAGAGCACAUGGGUUACAUACACACGCGGGCAGAAGAUGUUAAAUGGUACGAAUGCACGGAGUGUCCAUUCAAAUCGAAAUAUAAGAAAUCUUUAAAGCUCCACUUGAAUGCGAAACAUGAAGGAGAAGGAAAAAUUAAGUGGUACGAAUGCGAAAAGUGCCCAUUCAAAACUAAACAUCCCACGGGUUUAAAAAAGCACGUGAUUUGUCAACAUUUAGGUGAAGAAGAAGUUAAGUGGUACGAAUGUUCGAACUGUUUGUAUAAAAGUAAAAGAAAAGAUACUUUGAAAUUGCAUGUAAGUGCUCGCCAUUCAGAUAUCAAAUCAAUUCAGUGCGGAUAUUGUCCAUAUAAGGCUAAGUUUAAACGUAAUUUAAAUAUGCAUAUGUACAACCACCAUUCCGAUUGUAUACGGUACAAAUGUGAAUAGGAUGCUGAAUGGCACAAGUGCGAAAAAUGCCCGUUCAAAAAUACAUACAUAAAAACACAUGUGUAGGAUUUAUUUUUGUAUAAUUUGGGUGUAGUGGCAUUAAGCUGUGUAUAUAACUUUAAUAAAGUGAAAAUUUAUGGUG